AUGAACGGAACUCAUCCCUGGACCUCCAUGUCCGGGGGUGCAUGUUCUAACCUUGGAUAUGCCAGGGACAUGAGUGGUAAUGUUCCAAUUAGCACUACAAAUUCCUCUGGGCCAAGCAUUGGAGUUAGCUCGUUGGUGACUGACGCCAACUCGUCACUUUCUGGCGGUGCCCAGUUACAGCCAAGUACUAGCAUGAAUGGUGAUUCAUUGAUGCGUGUUCCUGCAUCACCAAUGUCAUUUUCAUCCAAUAACAUCUCUGGCUCUUCAGUCAUUGACGGUUCCAUCAUGCAGCAAAGUCCACCCCAAGAGCAGGUGCAGAAACGGAGGUCUUCAAGUGUAACAUCACAACCUGUGAUUGAUGCUGGAGGUGCAUUGCAUGCUCAGAAGAAAUCAAGGAUUGAUGUUAGUCCGGGUGAUAUCAUGCAACAACAGUUGAUUCAGCAGCUGAUCCAUGGUCAGAAUUCUCUUCAUUUCCAGGGGCAACAGAACCCACAGCUUCAAGCUUUGAUUCAGCAGCAUAAACUGGCACAACUUCAGCAACGGCAGCAGCAGCAUUUGUUGCAACCAUUUUCUCAGAUGCAACAACCCCAAGUUGGUAUUCCUCGGCAGCCUCAACUUAGGCCACCACUGGCACAGACUGGAAUGCAGUUAAGUGGUCCUGUUAGGACUCCUAUCGAGAGUGGGAUUUGUUCUCGCAGGAUACUGCAGUAUUUAUUUCACAAGCGUCAUCGUCCAGAGAAUAACCCUAUAACAUACUGGAGGAAGCUUGUUGAAGAGUACUUUGCACCUCGAGCAAGAGAAAGAUGGUGUGUCUCUUCUUAUGACAACAGAGGGAAUUCUUCAGCUGCUGCUCCACAGAAAACUCUGGAUACAUGGCGAUGUGACAUUUGCAAUACACAUGGUGGGAAAGGAUAUGAAGCUACCUAUGAAGUACUUCCUAGACUCUGCCAAAUUAGAUUUGACCAUGGUGUUAUUGAUGAAUACUUAUACUUUGACUCACCCAACGAAUUCCGGUUGCCUAAUGGACAAAUGGUGCUGGAGCAUGCAAAAGUUGUUCAAAAAAGUGUUUAUGAACAUCUACAUGUUAUACAUGAGGGACAUCUGAGAAUCAUUUUCACACCAGAGCUGAAGAUAAUGUCCUGGGAGUUCUGUUCACGACGCCAUGAGGAGUACAUCACUCGCAAGACUAUAGCACCACAGGUUAAUAAUCUGCUGCAAGUUGCCCAGAAAUACCAAGCUGUUGUCAAUGAAAGUGGAUCAGCGGGGAUAUCAAACAAUGAUGCACAAACCGUCUGCAACAUGUUUGUCACUGCAUCACGGCAAUUGGCAAAAAAUCUAGAGCAUCACACCUUAAAUGAACAUGGGCUUUCUAAAAGAUAUGUACGCUGCCUGCAGAUAUCGGAGGUGGUGAAUCACAUGAAGGACUUGAUUGAGUUCAGCCACAAGAACAAUCUUGGUCCUAAAGAGAGCCUGAACAGUUAUUCGAAAACCAUGGCAAAGUUUCAGAAUAUGCAUGAUUCAAGACAGCUCAUGGCUGCUGCUAACCUUGCCAAUAACCAGAGCAACACCAAACUAAUGGGGGUCAAACAAGAGGCAAGUACUUCUGUGAACAAUCAGACUCCUGGUGUUGCAACCAUUGGCAAUAACACUCUACAGAAUGCCACACCUCUAAACAGCUACCAGAAUAUGCUCAGAAGCUCCAGUGCAAAUCUAAUUUUGCUGCAGCAGGAGGCAUCAAGUGUCUUCAAAGGUCCUACAGCAAUGCACAAUGGCAUACAGCUGGAAGCAGCUAGAUCCUUCCGUGGACCUAACCAAGUGCAGUUCCAACACCCCGCGUCAUUUCAGCAGCCUAUGCUGCAGCAAAACAAUUUCCAGGGCUUUGGUGUUAACCCACAAUACCAGCAGCAUGUGAUUAAUCAGCUUCUGCAGGAAGUUAAGAAUAAUAACAACCGCACAAAAGCACAGCAACCGCCUCCAGAUGCACCUAAUGCGAGCAGUGGUCUUGCAUCAAUUGUUGCUAUCCCCAAUGUUGCUGCUACUGGGGAGCAGGGACAGCAUAUCAAUAAUAAUAACAGUAACCAUAACAGCGCGGUGAAGGGUGCUGCUCCAGCUGGUAUUGGCCCUAGCAAUGUGAUCAACAAUAGCACAGUCAGCAUUGCCCCUGGCAGAAACAACAGCUUCAAGUCAGUGAGCAGCAGUCCAGCUGCUGCUGCUGCUACCGCUGGCAAUGCCGUGAACUCAAUGGUCGAUGACUCCUUCCUUCAACUGGAGGACCUCGAUGACACAGUCACUAACGCACUGGUGGAAAGCGGGCUGUUCGGUGCAGGACAAGGGUGGUAG